AUGCCAACAAAUUUCGUUUGUUAUGGAGCAAAGUAUGCCCAACAAUAUUUAUUGGAACCUGUCGGAGAACCAAUUUAUCCAAUUUUCGAGCCUAUUUAUCAAUUUUUGGAUGAGAAGGGAAGCUCUAUCGGAUUGAAGGCUGACCAAACUAUUUUCAUUUUGAUGUUGCUCCUUACCUAUUUCUGGAGCUUUGUUUAUAGAAUUAUUUUUAACAAUAACUUGUUGAAAAACAAUGUGUUUUUGAAAACUGUUUAUUUGUGCACUCUCGGAUUGUUUUAUGCCAUCUUUACUUUCGGAUAUGAAGGUUUCCAUGGUGUUGCUUGUAGUUUCCUUUCCUAUUUUAUGAUGGCUGUUCUUCCAAAGAAUAUUGCUCCAAAACUUGUUUUUGCCUUUGUAUGGACCUACUUGUCUGUUGCCCACUUUAUUCGUAUGCAAACUGAUUUCACCAGUCAAAGAGUUGACUAUAGUGCAAUGUUAAUGAUGAUGGUUUUGAGAAUUAACUCUUGUGCUUUCAACUAUGCUGAUGGUCUCAAUCCAAAUGCUAAGGAAGAACUCGAUGAAGAAUUGGUUAAGGCUAGUGUGUCUGAACUUCCUUCAUUCAUGGAAUAUGUUUCCUAUUGCUUUUACUAUCCUGCAUUGUUGGCUGGUCCACCAUUUGAUUUGAAGUACUUUAGACAUUAUUUGAGAAAUUACGAUUUGGAUCAUAUUCCAUUCUCCCUUAGUGGAUUCUUCUAUAAUUUGGGUAUGAUUGUUAUCAGCUUUAUUGGUUUCUCCCAAAUUGAUAAAUUCGAUAGAGAAUUCAUCAUGUAUAAUAGAGAAGAAUUCGCUGCCAUGUCUUUGAUCUCUAAAUUCUUCUUUAUUGUUUUGGUUGUCGAAUUUUUCAGAUUCCGUUAUUAUCUUGUCUGGCACAUGGCUCAAGGUUCUGCUUGGUUGGCUGGUUUUGGUUAUGAUCCUGUAAAGAAAGAUUGGUCUGCUGUUUCUCAAAUUGAUUUCUGGAGAUUUGAACUUGCCUCUUCACCAUAUCUCUUGUCAAUUCACUGGAAUAUUGGUGUUCACAAGUGGGUCAAGAAGUAUGUCUAUCUCAGAAAUAAGAAAAAGGGCGCUAGACCAGGUACUAAGGAAUUGUUCGAAACUUUCCUCGUCAUUGCUUUUUGGCACGGUUUCUAUCCUGGUUAUUAUCUUUUCUUUGUUCUCUGUGGUGUUGGUGUUGAAUUCGGUAGAAUGUUCAGAAGCUUAUUCAGAAAGCACAUUAUUCCAGCCGAUUACAACUUUGAUAUUUAUCACCCAAUUGAAUCUAUGAAGCACAUUACCCCAACCAUUGCCAUCUACAAUAUUCUUGGAUACUUCUUCACUCAAGCAAUGACCAACUAUAUUGGUUGUUCAUUCGUUUUGCUCUCUGUUGAACACUCCAUCUUUAUCUGGAAGGAAACUUUGGGUGGUCCAGUCUUCUUCGGUCUUUUCCUUUACAUUAUUCUCAAGUUUGCUUUGAGUAAGGAUUCCACCUCGACUCAAAAAAUCAAGAGUCAAUAA